AUGAGAAGUAUCUGUAUCCCUCCCGAAGAAAAUGCGACCAUCUGCCGGAGUUAUAUCCAGCUCACCAUGUCUUCCCACAUAGUCCCAAGAGAUCGUUUCCAACAUGUACCUAAUUCUCUUUCUAAAACCUCGAGACUUGUGUCACAACCCGUCGUUGUAUCAAUUUCUCAAGGGCCUCAGGACUUUGUCGACUAG